AUGACAAAAAAGAAUAAGUACCCUUCGACCUUCUAUGAGUGGGUUGUGGGAACCACCAUCGAAUCUGCCCUGGGACCAAUCCCCAAGAAGAAGAAGAAGAAGCCGCGCCGACGGGGCCUCCUUCGAGUUGAACUCUCCACCGACGACGAGUCCGGCGAGGACACCGUGAAGAUAACAUACCCACGCACGCAGCCCAACGGGGACCUGCCUCGGAGAGAGGUCAAGAAAGUUCGUUUCCAAGAGCAGGUUCCUCUGAAAUCUGCGCUAAAGAAGAGGGUUCAGAUCGUCGACCCUAGCUCAGAAUCCGAGGAAGCCUCUUCGGCUUCGGAUUCUGCCACGGAGGGCUCGUCCUCGGAGGCCUCUGCCUCAGCUCAAUCGUCGACAGAAUCACCCGGGACGAGCUCGGAGGGCUCGACGGAUGUGGAGUCGACAUCUGAGGAGGGCGAAAGUACAGACAGCGACUAUGAGCCACCCCCCCCUAAAUGUGAGUCCAGUCAGAGUAGUGGCGCCCGCAGGAAGUUGAGGCGGCGCCGAGCAAGCCUUCGGAGAAGUCGACUUGCGGAGAUUUCGUCCGAUUCUGAGAGCCAAGACGAUUCUGGAUCAGAGACUAACAGUUCGAGCAAAGUGAAGAAAAAGAAACUCAGAAAGCGCGUCACCAAGAAGGAGGAGCCCAUUCCAGAAUCUGACACAGAGACAUCGGUAUCCUCAGCAGAAAGCAGCUCAGAGUCUGAGGGAGAAGCGAAGAGGAAGAAGAAGAAGAUCCGGAAAGAGAAGGAGAAGAGUCGGAGAGCCAAGAAGACUUCGAAGUCUAAGAAAAGUAGCGAUGAGAGUGAAGAAGAGGACAACAAACCUGAGAAGAAGAAGCGGAGCGCCAAAGAAGAAGAAGCUCCAAAGACUGCAAAGCCGGCCAACGCAGACCGCUCUGAUAAGAGAAAUUAUCCAGAAGCUAAUCCUCUUCCACACCCCCGACGUCCAAAUUAUGUUGCUCCUGUUCGCGCCGAGGUCGUACAGACCGAACGUGUCAUUGAGACACCCGAAGAUCCACCACCAAACGCCUUCUAUGACGCCGAGCACAACAUAAUCCGAGUGUAUCAAGGACCCGUUUAUGGCGGGAAUCCUACUCGCUCACUUUAUCCAAAGCGUGAUUCUACCAAGCGUCCCUUGCCCGUUGGUAUGCCUCACCCGACGCAAAACCCAUAUUAUUACGGCUUCAAUAAUCUGCCUCCAAAGAAACCAGAGGCAGGUGAUUUCAACAAUGUGCCGAUUACACAAGGGAUGCCGCCGGUGAAUGCCUGGCACGCCGCGUAUCCCCCUCCAGCCAUGGGCUAUGAGAACUUCAACCCAGCACUUGCAAAUCUCGGUGCUUUCAAUAGCAGAGGCGCUUGGCAUGACUCCGCGGAGCUGAACGCUCAGAAGAACGCGCUUGCCAAAGCCGGUUCAGGCCAUAAUGCAGGGCAGGCGUCAGAAAAGGCAAGACAAAAGAAGAAAGUCUCCUUCGCAAAGGGGUCUGAGCUAACUAGCCAUCAGAACAAUAACAACAGAACCUCAAUCUUUGCAGACUGGGGUAAACGAAUCUCGCCACCUGGCAGCCAGCAGGAUGCCAAGGAAGCUGAGCCUAGUGGUGGAAGUAACAACGGGCGAACGUCAUGGUAUCACGGAAACACAGAUGGGGCACAGUCACAAGCCGGGUCUCCACCGCAGACGAACCCGGAUCCCUGGUCUCAGAACAAUGACAACAAUGCGCAGGAUGGAAACGCGGAUUGGGGGGAUACAGCUGCUCCGGAGGCUUCAGGCGGUGCCGACGGAGGCACCAGUGGAUGGGAUGCAGCCCCGUCUGGUAAUGACGAUUGGGGAGCAUCGGAACCUGCCCAAGAGGCGACUGAAAACGAUGACAACAACAAUGAUGGCUGGGGUGGGAAUAAUGAGAACGAAGACAACAAUGUGGCUCCGCAGGGCAGCGCUAUGCCUGGGUCAUUCCCCUCUACCUGGGGUGAUACUUCGGCUGCGGCUGACACCAACGGCAUGGUUGAUCAAGGGGGGUGGGAAGACACUCCGGCUGAAGCUAGCACUUCGGCGAAAUGGUAG